AAGCUGCGGUUACACAGCAAGCACCUUAGAAAGCUAGAGCUAUUGUUAGUAUUGCAGGGGUGAUUCUGUUCAGGAAAUAGUAGACAAAUAAUGGCUGCCUCCGAUUCAAGUUGUCCUGAAGAGCUAUUUGAAGUCCUGGAAGUUCAGGAUCCUGUAGUAAAUGGCUCACCAAUCUGGGAAGAAAAAUGUGGGAGUGGAGAAUUGAACAAUGAAGGAACUCCUCGUAUGGAACUUGAAAGCAAAGAUCCAUGUCACAGUGAACCAAGCUGGGGAGACCACCUGUCUGAAAAUGAAUCUUCAAAUGAUCACUCACCCAGUAUCUUGACAGAAAGUCACCCAGAAGAGAAGCAGAAGAAUGAAGAAGUGCUUUGUGAUUUCUGCCUAGCAGAGAAGGUGCAGGCAGUAAAAUCCUGCUUGACCUGUAUGGUAAAUUACUGCCAGAAUCACUUGAGGCCUCAUCUGGAGAAUGUCAAACUAAAGAGCCAUAACCUUAUGGAUCCACUAAAGGACAUUGACAUACAGAGCUGCAAGAUCCACAAAAGGCAUCUCAGCUGGUUCUGCCACAGUGACCUAAUCUGUAUCUGUGAGGAGUGUCUUUCUGAUAGACAUCAAAACCACCAAGCUGUAAUCUGUGCAGUAGCCAGGAAAGAAAAAGAGUGUGAACUUCUUCAUCAUCAAGAAGAAUAUGAUUGGAAAUUGAAGUCAGCAGAAAAUGCAAUUGUUAAAUUGGAGAAGAACUCAGAGUCUAUAGUGAAUUCGGUAUCUGAAGUAAAACUCUUGGUGGAAGAGAAGUUUGAGGAGCUGCUCCAAGCUGUCAAGGCAAACCAUGCCAUGGUGCUCACUUUUCUGGAGGAGAAAGAACGUGCUGCAGUUAAUCAUGCAAAUGGAAUAAAGAUCCACCUUCAGAGCCAACAAGUGACAAUGGAGGAAUGGAAGAAAAGAUUGGAGAAGAUGGCCACUCACACUAAUGAUAUUAUCUUCCUAAAGGAAUACUGUGAAUUCAAGAAGCACCAGGGAGAUGAUACAUUGCCCAGUGUGUAUAUUGGCCUGAAAGACAAAUUAUCAGGAAUCCGAAAGGUGAUCUCUGAAUCCACUGAACAGCUUUUACAAUUACUACAAAGUUCCUAUAAAGAAAAAUUGCAGGGGUUUGCCAAUGAUGAAGAUGCUGGGAUAAAAACAACAGUGGCUGCAAUUGUUCCAUCCAAACAUCGGCUGUCAGCUCCAGAACCUCAAAGUAGGAAUGACUUCUUAAAGUAUGCUUGCCUGUUAACAUUUGACCCAGUUACUGCUCAUUGCUAUUUGAGGCUUUUGGAUGACAAUCACAAGAUCUCCAACACCACGCCCUGGAAGCACCCGUACCCAGAUCAUCCAGAAAGAUUUGCACACUGGCGCCAAGUCUUGUCCAAUCAAAGCUUAUAUAUGGGUCGUUAUUACUUUGAAGUGGAGAUAUUUGGAGCUGGUAUUUACAUUGGCAUGACAAAUAAGAGCAUUGACAGGAAAGGUUCAGAGAGCAACAGUUGCAUCUCAGGGAAUAACUUCUCCUGGUGUAUUAAAUGGAACGGCAAGGAUUUCUCAGCUUGGCAUGUUGAUGUGGAGACGCCUUUGAAAUCUCAGGAAUUCAGCAGAAUAGGGGUCUAUCUAGAUUACCCCAGAGAGACACUCUCCUUUUAUGGCAUUGCUACUGACUCAAUGACUCUCUUGCAUACUUUUGAAUGCAAGUUUAAUGAGCCUUUAUAUCCGGCCUUCUGGCUAUCAAAGAAGGAAAACAGCAUUCAGAUUGUUAGGUUGCGAGAAGAAGCUGAGCAGAAUCCAGAAGCUUCUCUUCCUUCCACAGGAGAAUUGGCUUCCAGUAGUUUAGAGACACAUGACUAAAGCAAUGUACAGUAGAAACUGUUAACUCAGAACUGAGUCAUUCAUUGUCUUUGUUAUACAAUCUAGGUAGUUAUGGACUCUUUGUAGAAGAAUCCUAUUGAAAAAUUGAGUUUUUUAUACUUCAGGUUGCUUAUUACCUCUAUGAAUAUUACCUCUAGGGGAGAAAACAGUAAAUUAUAAAGAUUCUCCUGUUUUCAAGUGAAAGUAUUGAAAAUACUUAUUUGAAAAAUCAACUGCUUUCUGAUUGUAAACUGCUAACAGGUGCAUUCAAAAUAAGAACUAAAUGGCUGUUAGCAUACCACUGCUAUGUAUUGAAAGAAUAAGGAAAAUAUAUCUAUAUAUACAGUCACUCUUUGCCCAAUCUCCCUCUACUGCCUAUGCCAGUGAUGGCUAACCUUUUUGGCAUCAAGUGCCCAAAGCAUGUGCAUGUGUGUGCAUCCCUGAAAUGCAACACAUGCAAUCCCUGCACAGGUGCACACGACUCCCACAGCUGCCCCACCCCGGUGCAUGCACGGCAGAGUUCCAAAGACCAGUUGGCGGCAGGAGGUGAGCAUGUGCGGCAGAGCUGAUCUGAGGCGAUGGCUCAUGUGCCCAGAAAGAUGGCUCUACGUGCCACCUCUGACACGUGCCAUAGGUUCACCAUCAUGGGCCUAUGCUAUAGAAAGUACAAGUCACAUGUAUUGAUCAUAUCAGAUUUUAGAACAAUUGGUGUCCUCAAAUCACUUUUGACUGUAGGGAAAUAAUUGAAUGUAUAAAGAUAAAAAAGAAUCUGCAUUAGCUACAAUGGAGAAAUAUUUGGUAAAGAUAUGGCUGAGAUUGCUAAAUUAAUGUCUUUGAUCAAAGAAAAGAUAGUUAUA